UCGAGGCAUCACUGAAACAAGAUUGUUUUGAUUUCGACUCGAAUUAAUUGCGGUUUAACAUGUCUGCCGGAGUUCAAGAGCGCCUCCAACUGAGUCGGGUUCCGCUGGACACCUGGUCGAAGCGGGAGCAGCUCAUCCUGGCGUCGGCGGUCUCCUGCAGCGGCGACCAGAACUGGAUCACCGUGAGUCGCACGCUGAAAUCGAUUUGCGGCAAUGGCAAUGGAAACGGCGGUGGACAAAACAACCGACCGGCGGAUUGGUUCUCCCAGAAGAACUGCGCCGUCCAGUACGGGAAUCUGCUCGAGAGCGUGGAGGCCACCAAGCGCAAGAAGCGCAGCAGCGAGAGCAGCGCGGGAGUCUCGUCGCCCGCUACGGUAGAAACGCCCACGGAACUUCUGCUUCGCCGCCUCACGGAGGAGCGGCAGGCGGAGAUUAAGGCCCAGAUGCGGCACGACCAGGAGACCUAUCGUCGCAUCCAGCGGGAGAUCGACUCGCUGCAAUCGGAUGCGGUCACCGAACAGGAGCUGCAGGACAUGUGGCUGGAGAUCGAGAAGGAGCAGGAGACGCGGCGCAUCGAGGAGAUGAAGCUGGAGAAUCGCAUGCGGGAGAGGGAGCAGCGCAAGAAGGAGAUGGCGGGAAACUGGCGAAAUAGCAGUCCUGCUGCCAGGCGUUCCAACCAAGCUGCGGACACGACCUCCGUGGACAUGGACGUGGAGGAUAUUAAUAGCAGUGGUAGUAACAAUGGCAAACAGCAGACGGCACCUUCGCCGCUACUCACAUCUCUACUGAAAUCUCCCACGGGAAAUGCUCCUGCCACGCCCAUAACAGGCGGAGGAGGAGGAGGAGCAGCUGCAGCAGGAACGGGCAGCGUGGCCAGGGCGACGGCACCUACUAUUACUUCUCUGCUGACCAGCGGCGGCAGUUCGGCUGUCUCCAAUCAGCCAGCCAUCACGAUGAAGAGUCCCACGGAUGCGGCAUUCAUGUCGCGACCCAUCAGUGGACCACCAGCCAAUGAGGCACUCACUCCAACCACGCCCACCCUCGAACGGAGUCCCUCGCAGGCGGCACCCACACUCUCCAUGCUGCUGGAGAAGAACAAGGCGGCGGCUGCUGCUGCUGCAAAGGCCAACGAAGGUGGGAGCUUGAUAAAACCCGAGACUUCAGGAGGCCAGGAGCCGGCACAAGUGGAGGAAACAACAUUAACCACCGCUGGCACAGCGGAUUCCGACGAGACGGACGAUCAACUGCUGGAGGUCUUUCCAAACAUUGACGAGAUAAUCGAUGACAUCGACAUAGACAUGGCCAGUGUCAUUGAUGAUGAGAUGCUUAAGGAUGUGGACGAAGUGGUGGCCUCACCUUCAAACGACAAGGGCGAAGUCAUUGACUUUGAGGACAAAUUGGAUGCCUUAAAGCGGGAGCAGAGCAAGAGCUCUCCAGCCAGUGAUAAGCCGAAAUCCGUGGAGUUGGUGAUUGGAUCCAGCGAUGAUUCCAACGACAAUAUUCCCCUGGCCACUGUGGCCUCGCAGGAGAGCAAGGAUCGCGGUCAGUCGGGCGGUGAAUCUUCGCGCGGCACCGAGGACGCCGAGUCGGAACCUUUGGCCAGCGAGGUGGCGGUGGAGGAGAUUGGUGAGACCAUCACCAUCAUCAGCACAUCUAGCGAGGAUACGGCAGGCUCGCCGCCUGCGAAAAUAGACGAGGAAGGUGCGAGUGACUCGCUUUCAAAGAAGGAGGAAACCAAGGAGGAUAAAUGCGAUCAGGAAAGUAACUUCCAAAGCAAAAAAGAAGCAGGUGAAGUCACAGAAGGAACGGAGACUGCAGAAAACCAAGCAGCUGGAGAAGCACACAGCAAAGAGGCGACAGAAAAGCCAUUACCAAUCGAAGAGAAAGUGGCCACUCCUUCGACUCCUGCUUCCAAUCCUGUUCCUGGAUCUCUGCACGACACAGAUGAGGAGUCGUCAUCCCUAACAGACAGCAGCAAGCACGAUGAGCAACCACGGAGUGCAAAGGCCAAGCCACCAACGUCUAAACUCGCUCUGGAUGACGCCAAAUCGGAGCUGGAGUCAAGUGGAACCCCUCAGCCGCCCUCGGCGCCAGCUCGCACUCCCUUGUUGCGAAAACUGCCCCACCGGGAUCGAUCCGAGAGUCCAAUGGUGGAUGAUGACGCCACUACAGCCAGCGAUCAUUCCACCGCCCGGUCAACCCGUCGCCGCUGCUCUUCCACGCCCGUAAUCGACAGCAUACCCAAUUCACCUGCCUCCAGCGAGCACACAGAUGAUCGGCGGGAAACGCGAGCCGCCUCCAAGAAGCUCUUCCUGUCCAUUUAUGCCACGUUGCAGGACAGCAAGCAUGCGGCUCCCUUCAAGCGCGCCUUCCACGACGAGCACGCCCAGCGGCAUGCAGAUCUGUGCCUGCGUCCCAUGGAUUUGCCCACCAUCAAGCGCAACAUCGACUCGGGAUUCAUUCGCAGUUUGAGCGAGCUUCACAGGGAUGUCCUGCUCAUGGCCCACAAUGUUUUGGUGGCCUACAAACCGCACACAAAUCAGCACAAGACGGCGCGACUGUUUGUGCAGGACUGCCAGGCGAUCAAGGAGUUCUCUCAAAUGCCCGACACACAAGUGGCGGGAAUCACGGCCACGCCGGUCAGCAAUACGGGAAGCUCCCGGGCGGAGAAGUCAAGUGGCAGCAAGGCCAGGAGCGGCUCUCGAAAGAGCCAGAGGCAUCAUUAGGCUUUCUACACUUGGUAAACUUAAGAAUUCGUCUCGGAGCACAAUUUUCAAGUAUUUUUAUAUUUAUUCUACUAAUUCGAUGGUUUUCUACUGGCAAACACAUUUCAUUUUGGAACUUCACAACUAAAUCACAAGCUAUCAUCAACAAUAAAGAUCAAUCGAAGAAUA